AUGAGGGGCCUGCAAGAGGAGUUCCGGGGCGGCGUGCAGGUGCAGCCGGCGGCGUCGUCGUCGUCAUCGUCGCACGGCGGCAGCGACGGGCGCGCGCUGUCGUGGUGGUCGGGCGACCCCGAGGCGAAGCGCCGGCGGAGGGUGGCCGGGUACAAGUCCUACGCCGUGGAGGCCAGGGUCAAGGCGUCGAUCCGCAAGGGCUUCCGCUGGAUCAAGGACCGCUGCACCGGCCUCGUCCGCCGCUACUGA